AAACGAGAGGGAGGGAAGGAAGAGAUAGGAUAAGAAAGGGAGUGGAACUGGCGCGUACGGUGGCCGAAGAGGGACGCGCCGAGCCGGAGGCUGCAGGAUGAUGCGAUUCAUGCUGCUGUUCAGCCGGCAGGGGAAGCUGCGGCUGCAGAAAUGGUACCUGGCCACAUCAGACAAGGAGCGAAAGAAAAUGGUCCGGGAGCUUAUGCAGGUUGUUCUGGCUCGCAAGCCCAAGAUGUGCAGCUUCCUGGAGUGGAGGGAUCUCAAAGUCGUCUAUAAGAGAUAUGCCAGCCUCUACUUCUGCUGCGCCAUCGAGGGCCAAGACAAUGAGCUCAUCACGCUGGAGCUGAUCCACCGGUAUGUGGAACUCCUGGACAAGUACUUCGGCAGCGUGUGUGAGCUGGACAUCAUCUUCAACUUUGAGAAGGCCUACUUCAUCUUGGAUGAGUUUUUGAUGGGUGGUGAUGUCCAGGACACCUCCAAGAAGAGUGUGCUGAAGGCCAUCGAGCAGGCCGACCUGCUGCAGGAGGAGGAUGAGUCGCCUCGCAGUGUGCUGGAGGAGAUGGGUCUGGCAUAGCCCCCCCGCCUGGGCCUCGUGGAGAUGUGGGGAGCUGGCGGAGAGGCAGGGCAUGAGUACCCCUUUUCUUGGUGGAACCCAGCUGCCCCUCCUCUGCUGCCUCACCUUCUCCUGGAGUGAGCUGUGGGCUCAGGACCCUCAAACAUUCCUUCCCUCACCUCUAUCUCCUGUUUCCCCUUUCCCCAACGAAGGUUUUAGGAGCUAGGAGGUAGGAAAAUGUGACCACAAGGGGGGUGCUAUUUGGCUUUCAUUCCCUGCCUUUGAAGAACUAAUGUUACCCCAGACUCGCUCCCCUUCCUUAUAACUGUAAAUAUAUAAAUAUGUCAGGUUAAAGGGAAAAGGUUUUCAGGGCUCUUCUCUUCUCCCUUGCCCCAUAACCUACCUCCACCCUGCCCCAGUAGCCAGCCAGGGCAGCUUCUCUGCCUGGGGUAGGGGUGGGGGGAUUUCUGAGUAUUGAGAGGGAAGGCCUUUCCCCUCAUCUACCCUCCUCCUCCUUGGCUGCAGUGGGGACUCUGCCCAGUGCCAGGGCAGGAACAACAUAGUUAAUUUUUUUCUAACCUUGCCACUUUGAGGGAAGUGAGGGCUGGGGGAAGGGCAGGCUUUAUGGGAGACUGUCCCUCCUUCACUCCAUGUUCUGGGUGAGGCAAGAGCUAAAGGGUGGGGUGUGGGAAGUGUCUGACUUUAUCUUCUUUCCUCUAAAAUAAAAGGAAAAUCAUUUCUGGACUUUGCUGCUUAGGCUCUGUGAAGGAAGGAAAGGCUCCUGGGAUUAGUCAGGAGGGGACUCAGAUGCCAGAGUUAAAGGGAAAAAACAAACAAACAAACAAAUAGAGGACACCCGGUUCCAUUUGAAUGAUAAUGAAUAUUUUUAGGAUAAGCAUGUCCUAUGCAAAUACACUUGUUGUUUAUCCAUAGUGAAAA